AUGACAUACAUGGAGUAUAUACCGUAUACAGUUCACAUUUGUGUUUACCCGCUGUGCCAGAGAUUAGAACUUGCUGAUCCCACCAAACUGACAGAGCAGCAACGACAAGAGCAGUUUUCCGAUGAACAUAAUGUGCGGCAGAUUGUUCUCCAUCUUCCGUAUGUUGCUGCCAAAGAGAAAUCUACAGAAUACACUUUGCUGGAAUGGGUGGAGAUCAUCGAGCCUCGUACACGGGAGUGUAUGUACGCCAACCUCAUCACUGGGGAGUGCGUGUGGGACCCGCCGUCCGGAGUGCGGAUAAAACGUACCAACGAGAACCAAUGGUGGGAACUUUUUGACCCCAAUACCUCGCGCUUCUACUAUUAUAAUGCCAGUACUCAGAGGACUGUAUGGCACCGGCCUCAAAACUGUGAUAUUAUCCCGCUGGCCAAGCUGCAGACCCUGAAACAGAACACGGAGUCACCUCGGGCCUCUACUGAGAACAGCCCCGGGAGGGGCAGUAAUGUCAGCCGAGAGGGCAGCACCAGCUCUUCUCUGGAGCAGGAACUGGACACUGGGGAAAAGUGCUCCGACCAGAUCAAAUCGAAUCGCCACUCGGCGCCGUACUUCGUGGUGAAAGAGGACUCAGACAGGACAUCAUCUCUCCGAUGGAACACGGGCACCAAAGAACGAAUGUUGAUCAAAGUGACAGAUCGGGAGCCAAGCUUCUUGAUGCACCAGGGUAAUGGUUACUCUACCGACAACGCCCAGGGCACCCGGUCCCGGCGGCCAUCGGGCGGGCAGCCUUCCCCCAUCAUGCAAACGUUCUCUGUAGACACGGACAAUUCUGUCUUCUUCCCCGAAAGAAAAUCCUCCCCGUAUAUGAAAAGGGCGGAACACGUCGGCUCCUGCUCGCCCCUCCUCGGACGAGGCGAAUCGUUCUGCACGUUACAAUCUCAACACCGAAAGCAUUCAAACGAGUCGCAACCUUCCUCUCCGCGCUAUGCCUACGAGCCCCCAUUGUACGAGGAACCUCCCAUGGAGUACCAAGCUCCCAUCUAUGACGAACCGCCCAUGGAAAUGCAGUACGACAGCAGCGGGAAUUUCCGAGCGAUGUCCCCGCAAAAGUCACCCGUACGAAAACCGCACGGCUACCUACAGUCACCGAAACAGGUUUCCAACUCUCCGUACCAACAGCUCGUGUUGACCAAACAGAAGUGCUCCGACAGGUUCAUGAGCUUGGACUACAGCCCGGCCGGCAAGGAGUACGUAAGGCAGUUAGUCUACGUAGAACAGUCGGGGUCCAGCCCAAAGAUGAAAACGGGUAUCCGCCAUAAAUACACGCCCAAUACCAUUGGUGGAUCUUACUCCUUGCAGCACAAUCCACCAUAUAUGAGGGACCAUCGUUUGGAGGUGAAGUCUGGAGAUUACAGCAGCAUGGAGAACGCCGAACUGCGACACAACCAACAACAGCAACACCAACAGUUUCAUUCUGAAGAUUCCAUGUCUUGGUCUAGUCAGCAGGACGCCAUGUCCUCGUCUAGCUACUCCCCCAACACAAGAAAACGGAAAAGCAGGAAACCGUCCUUGUCCCAGGAACCCAACUCGGCGCCGGCUGACGUCACCGCGGAGAGGGAGCAAAUCAACGAGCAUAAUAUGGUAGAAGAAAGGCCUUCGUCCAUGCCCAACAGGCCGCUAAUGAGCCGGACAGAGAGUCGGUCAUCGGAGUCUGAUAUGCACCGCGGCUCGACCGAAGCCUUUAUGGCCCAGGCCCGUCUGGCAUGGGAGGCCCAACAGGCCCACUUCCACAUGAAGCAGAGGAGCAGCUGGGACUCCCAGAAAGAUGGCUCUGGUUACGAGAGCGAUGGUGCCGUGCCUCUACCAAUGCCCGGGCCUGUGGUCAGAGCCUUCAGCGAGGACGAGGCGUUGGCACAGCAGGACGGCAAAUACUGGAAGAGGAACCCUUUCGAUAAACUCGGAUUUCCACAAAUACUACUGGAAAAAAGUGUGUCUGUCCAAACCAAUCUGGCCUCGCCAGAGCCGUACUUACACCCAUCUCAGUCCGAGGACCUCGGUGCCUGCGCCCAGUUCGAGAACAGCCGUAACAACAGGAACAUGAUGCCCAGUUCCAGCUGCGUCUUUCCCACCUUCACCCUGAGGAAGCCUUCGUCCGAGACCGACAUCGAGAACUGGGCCUCCAAGCACUUCAACAAACACACCCAAGGCUUGUUCCGGCGGAAGGUCUCCAUCGCCAACAUGCUGGCCUGGAGCAGCGAGUCCAUCAAGAAGCCCAUGAUCAUGACCUCCGACCGCAACGUCAAGAAAGAGGCCUGCGACAUCUUCAAGCUCAUCCAGAUGUACAUGGGCGAUCGGAAAUCCAAGGCUGACCAGCUCAUCGUAGCUUUGGAGAUUGCCACCAAAGGGUGGAGCAUGCAGGGAUUGAGGGACGAGCUCUACAUCCAACUGUGCCGGCAGACCACCGAGAACUUCCGCUACGAGAGCCUGGCUCGGGGCUGGGAAUUAAUGACCAUCUGUUUGGCUUUUUUCCCACCAACGCCUAAGUUUCACUCUUACUUGGAAGGAUAUAUCUAUCGGCACAUGGACCCGGUGAAUGAUACUAAAGGGGUGGCAAUCAGCACCUACGCCAAAUACUGCUACAGGAAACUCCAAAAAGCCGCCUUGCUGGGGGCGAAAAAGGGACUGAAGAAACCGAACCUUGAGGAGAUCAAGCACGCCCGCAACGCCGUCUUCAGCCCCUCCAUGUUCGCCAGCUCCUUACAGGAGAUUAUGAGUAUGCAGAAGGAGAGGUACCCGGAGCGCCAGCUGCCCUGGGUGCAGACCCGGCUGUCCGAGGAGGUGCUGGCACUGAACGGAGAUCAGACCGAGGGCAUCUUCAGGGUCCCCGGUGACAUUGAUGAAGUGAAUGCGCUGAAGCUGCAGGUUGAUCAGUGGAAGAUCCCCACCGGCCUGGAAGACCCGCACGUUCCAGCCUCCUUAUUGAAGCUCUGGUACCGGGAGCUGGAGGAGCCGCUCAUCCCGCAUGAAUUCUAUGAACAAUGCAUCACUCACUACGAGAACCCCGAGGCGGCCAUUGAAGUCGUCCAUUCACUUCCUAAACUCAACAAGAUGGUGCUGUGCUACCUCAUCCGCUUCCUACAGGUAUUUGUACAGCCAGCCAACGUGGCCAUCACGAAGAUGGACGUCAGUAACCUAGCCAUGGUCAUGGCACCCAACUGUCUGCGCUGCCAGUCGGACGACCCCCGUAUCAUCUUUGAGAACACCAGAAAGGAGAUGUCCUUUAUCCGGGUCUUAAUCCAGCAGCUGGACACCAGCUUCAUGGAGGCAAUGCUAUAGCAGAUGAAAACCGGAACAGAGCUUUGACUUUUACAUCUCAUUGUGAGAGGAGAGGUCUCCACCCACCGCCCUGCCUUCUCAUCCUUACACGCCCCCGCAGAGCCAAACCCACUCAUCUCCUGUGGCAAUAAGGACCUGACACACCUCCGCCUCGGACCAAAGUACAGCAUGAGAACUGCAAGGCAUGAUGGGAGUGCUGGACACUGUGGCCCCAGGGUUUAACGUAUAUAUGUACAUUCUCGAUAAUGGUGACUAUUUAACACUGUGGUGCAUACUAUGUGUCUGCUCUUCAAGGAGGCAUAUUCCGUAGUGCAGAUCUGGUCCCUGCUGAGGUGGGCUCAUGAAAUAAGCGGUCACAUCCCUUUGGGUGAUAUAUCGUGUCAUAGCAUGCAUGGCGGUGAGCAAAGACCAGAUCAGUUUGGACGUUGACAAGCUGCAGGGUGCAUUUCAUGACUUCAGGCUGUUUUCGUUCAUGCCAACACACAGGGCAUGCUCGUUAGGGGGCCUCAGGUGCAAAAAAUGUUGCAUAAAGGUUGGGGAGAGGUUGGAUGUUGGACAAUCUGUCCAUAUUCUGUGCAAACAAUUGCGAUUUUGAUUUAUAUCUGUGUGGAAUUUGGUAAAAGUUAUUACUGAAUAUCUGAGGAAUAACAUGGCAUUACCUGA